UCUCUCUCUCUCUCUCUCUCUCUCUCUCUCUGUCUUGCUAGUGGACAUUGUUGUAUUGGGUGGACAACCUCAUUACCUGCCACAACAAGCAGAAGCGGCAGCGGCAGCGGCAGCAGCAUAAACGACAAGGGUAUAUCGCUUUGCGAUUUCCCUCGUUUACUACUCCUAAUCCCGCGGCUUCAUAUUCUUCCCCUUCCCUUGUCUUCCAUUAAUUAAUUCUCUCUUCCAAAGGCGAUUCAACCCAGCACCAGCAGCAGCGCUGGUUCUUGAUCGAUCCAAACUUCAAUUAUGGCUGGUAAAUCGAAAGGAAAGUCACUUGAAGAAACUGCCACUUGGGCUAUCGCGCUUGUCUGCGCUGUGUUUGUGAUCAUUUCCAUUCUCAUCGAACAUGGCAUUCACUCUCUCGGAAAGUGGUUCCAGAAACGCAGGAACAAGUCCAUGUCCGAAGCCUUGGAGAAGAUUAAAGCUGAGCUGAUGAUUCUGGGUUUCGUAUCCCUUCUACUGACUGUGGGCAUGGAUUACAUCACGAGCAUAUGCAUUCCUGUGAAACUGGGCAACAGAAUGGUUCCUUGCGGGAAGAAGGAAGAAGAAGAAGAAGAAGAAGGCGGCGACGACGAAGACGUCGGCGGUGAUCAAAGGAGGAAACUGCUUUCCUACGCUCGGAGUAUGAUACGGCGUCGCCUUCUGGCGGAGCCAUCAGCCUACGGAAAGGAUUAUUGUGCCAAUCAUGGGAAAAUGUCGCUGAUUUCAUACUCAGCGGUGCACGAGCUGCAUAUAUUUAUCUUCGUCCUCGCCAUCUUCCAUGUCCUGUAUAGCGUCAUCACCAUUGCUUUAGCUCAGGCCAAAAUGAAGAAGUGGAAGGCUUGGGAGGCGGAAACGUCCUCGCUGGAAUAUCAGUUCACCAAUGAUCCUGCAAGGUUCCGGUUUGUUCGUCAAACUUCAUUUGUGAGACGCCAUGCAGGAUUCUCCAGAGCUCCUGGGAUUAGAUGGAUUGUGGCAUUUUUCAGACUGUUUUUUGGGUCUGUGUCAAAGAUAGAUUACAUGACCAUGCGUCAUGGAUUCAUUAAUAAACAUUUUGCUCCAAAUAGCAAAUUUGAUUUCCAUAAAUACAUCAAGAGAUCCAUGGAAGAUGACUUCAAGGUGGUGGUCGGAAUAAACAUCCCACUCUGGAUUUUCGCCGUCUGCUUACUGCUUAUGAAUGUUUACAGAUGGUACACGCUUGGCUUGAUCUCUUUGGUGCCACUCAUUAUAAUUUUGUUAGUGGGCACCAAACUGGAACUUGUAAUCAUGGAGAUGGCCCAACAAAUCGAAGAUCGAACUUCUGUAAUCAGAGGAGCUCCAGUUGUGGAGCCAAGUAACAGCUACUUCUGGUUCAAUCGGCCCCAGUGGAUCCUCGUCUUAAUACACUUCACUGUCUUCCAGGCUAGUUACAUAAAUUUCAUCUUUCUCAGUAAAAGCUUGUUUCAAGCAUUUGCAUGGCGUCUCACAGUUGCUCUGUCUUUCCUGCAGAACGCAUUCCAGAUGGCGUUGUUCUUAUGGACAUUGUACGAGUACGGGAGGGAAUCGUGCCUCCAUGAAAACUUGAUCGUGAGCAUAUCAAGAGUUCUGCUAGCAGUCGCCCUUCAGUUCCUGUGCAGCUACAUCACCUUCCCGCUCUACGCCUUGGUCACAACAAUGGGAUCUCAUAUGAAGCAGGCUAUAUUCGAGGAGCAGACAGCCAAGGCGCUAAAGAAAUGGCAGAAGGCAGCCAAGGAUCGAAACAAGCAGCGAAGAGCAGGCGGGGCAGAUGGCAGUUCUAAUGCCGGAUCCGUCUGGGACGGCGAGAAUACACCCAGCCGGGGUACAUCCCCCUUGCAUUUGCUCCACAAGCAUAGGCCCAGCGAGACUGAUCAGCUCGAGAGUGCUCCCACUACUCCAUUAUCGUGCCCAUCUGAGGCCGAGCUCUCAGAAACAGAAGGUUCCAGUCAUGGCAGCAGACUUGAAAUUCAUCUUGCUCAUGAUCAUCGUCACCCACCUGCAAGUAGUGAAGAAGCUCAUGCGGUUGAUUUUUCCUUUGUUAAGACAUAGAUGCUGUGCAUGUAUUCUGUAUGUAAUUAACGUCUAGGAUUGUUUGAACAUUUAGACUGCUAUAGAAUAACAAUCUAUAGCCUACACAGAGGGAUCAUCUGCACCGCAUGUAGUAACAAUAAGAAUUAAAGCAAUAUUGAUAAAAAAUUUAAGGAGAAA